AUGGCCACUUUAAAAUUCGCUACCAGUAUAUGGCAUCUAUCAAUGCGUGCUAGACGCAUGUAUAAUAUAUCCAACUCAGCUUCGUUAAACUGUUUAUCAAUGAAUUACCCCGACAGAAGAUACGACGGUCGUAAUAAAAGUAGAGGACCUGUUUAUAGGAACCAACGUGAAUUUAACAACAAUACCGGAAGAGGUCGAAACUACUAUAGUAAUGAUAAACCUCGUAAUCGUGGUUAUCCACCACGCAAUGCAGCUAAUGGAUACGUUAACAGUUACAAUGACAAUAGCAAUGCCAAUAAACAAGCCAACAGCGCACCCAAUCCAACUACAGAUAUGAAAAUGUUCAUGUCUAAGUUAAGCCAUUCCAACGGCAAGAUUGUUACUAUGACGCAUAUGUAUGGAUAUAUCUCAGCUGUACAUGGAGAACUCUUAUUUUUCCCAUAUGAUCAAUAUAAUGGCAAUAUCAAUAAGGUUCAAGUUGGAGAUAAAGUGAGUUUUGACAUCAAGUAUGAAAGCGAUCGCCCUUAUGGUAUCUCUAAUUGUCGUAUUGCUUACAACAUUCAAUUGCUUCCAAAAAUGAUGGAACAGAAUGGUGAUCGGACGGAUGAACUUGCUAAUGUAAAUGAUUCAUCUGAUUACGAGACUAUUAUUAAUGAAAAGCCAUUAGAUGGUUCAAUAAUAGCAACAUCAGAGAAGCUUACCGAUCAGGCUACCGACUUGGAGAAUUCUGCUUUUGCUAUAAAAUAUAUUGACAAUAAUGGGCAAGAAAAUACAAUUACUCUUGAAUUAAACACUGAAACUAGACAAAGUCUCCGUAUUGGCGACAAAGUGCAAUUUGAUAUUGCUACUGACAAGAAAAAUGGUCAGAAACAUCCUAUAAAUCUUUUGAUAUGUAAUGCAAAUAAUCUAUCAUCUAAUGAAAGUAACAAUAAGGAUAUGCAAUUAUCUGUGCUUAAUCAAGUCGAAUUUACUAUGAUGACUGAUCCCAAUACUAAUAAAAGUAAUGCUAUGGAAGUCAGAAUAUUACCGCACAAUACCUUCGAAUAUGCGGAUAUCGAUACAAUAAUACAUGAUGGCUUGAUUGAAAAAAGCUGCUUAUCAGCUUUAACCUUUAGGAACGGGAAGGAUACGGAUGUUGGUCUUCUUUCUUAUUAUGAUAAACAAGGCAUUAUACAAAUUUUACGAUAUUUCCCUAAAGAUAUCUACUUAAGUAAAUCCGUCCCUGAAUUUGGAGAUAAGGGUUUUGUUGCAACUCUUAAGGAUAACUACGGUUUCUUGGAAGACUAUAACCAUUGCCGUGAAAUCUACUUCCAUUACAGCUCUGUUAAGACACCUCUGCAGUACUUAAAUAUAGGCACAGAAGUUGAAUUUAGCUUGGAAGUCAGAAAUGAUAAAGUAUGCGCCGAAAAUGUUAUACAAUUGCCUACUGGAACUUUAGCGAAAGAGGUUAUUUCGCCCGAAGUUUUAAACGGAACGGUUGAAAGGGCAUUAUUGGUACCUGAAAAGCAGGGUAUCGUAUUUGAAGGAAUUAUUAAGCUUGGAGACCAAUCGGAGAAAAGUGUUGAUUCCGGUCAGACAACAACAAACAACUAUUCCUUUCUAUCGUCCAGCAUGAUCACAUCGAAAGUUGUUCUUCAAGAUAACGAAAAGGUUAAAUUUCAAUUAGCUACGAAUCCCCAGACUGGAAAAGUCAGGGCAGUAAAUGUAGAGCCUGUAAGGCAAGUUAUGGUUGGUAGAAUUGAAUCCAUGAAAGGGGACUACGGAUUCAUCGAAUAUCACGAAGGUGAAUUUAAGAACUUUUUCUUCCAUAUGAAUGACGUCUCUCGAGCUGAUGCUACAUUCAAGGUUGGUGAUACUGUUCAAUUCGUUAUACAACAACAACGCAACGGAAAGACCCACGCGAUACAGAUUCGGACUAUUAGUUCGAAAGGAGAAUAUAAGGGCAAUACUUUUUCCGGCUCGCUGAUAAGUAAUGAAAGAAAUAAUGUUAGUAUAAUAAGGCAACCGAAAGGACCUGAUGGUACCCGAGGUUUCCAAUAUAAACGUCUGAGUAGUAACACUUCGGCUCAAGAAUCGACUUGA